GAUAAUAAUAUGAAGUACAAAAUUAUAUACAAAUUAGAACUCUCUCCAUGGUCCGCCGUCCGAGGGUUAAAAAUAAAAAUACUGAAUUGACGUAGAAAUCCAUCACCCCUAUUAUUUGAAAUCCUUAAUUAAUUUUAAUUAGAAAUAAUCAUAUUCGAAAUUUUGCAAUGAUGGAUAACAAAUAUCAUGAAAUAUAAAAAUAAAGGUAUGUACUAUCUAAUGGAACCUUCAAGAGCUUCAGUACGACAAUCCACACGUGAAACUUUUCUAUGCCAUAAAGAAUAUUCGAAAGGACUCUCGAUUAUGAAUCAAUGAACGUCAUUUAUUACCAUCAUUCAAACAUUCUCUCUAUUCGAUGACCGUCCAGCAAUACGUGACAAUUGUCCAGCGUAUCGUGGGAGCCUUCGAGGAAUCGAACUGGCAAAUCUCGACUUCCUGUUACCCAAAGUCCACGGUUAUCAGUGACCGUCCCCGAUCGCUUCCGCAUCGAGCGGAAACAUCGAGCGGGUGGGGUUCUUCAGGUGUGUAUAAAGCCAGGAAGAACUGGCUGAUUUUCGUCAGUGGAAUCGCUUCGGACCCUAGCGUGAAUUUCCUUUUCUUUCCUGAAAAUCUAUCCACCAUGAACAGUCUGAUCAUUCCCUCGUUUGCAUUCGUCUUUUUGUUAUCUUCAACGUCUGCAUGGCCGUUUCGUCGAAGAGACGUGUUAGACAAUUCGGUGAAUAGUCCUGACGGUGUGAUCGCUCAUCUUCAGCAUUUUGGACCGAUGCUUUAUCGGUUUCCCGAUAACGAAACUGGGACGAUCGUAGCGAGCUGGCACGAGGGCUGGGACAGAAAUCCGGAGGAAUUGGGAAACUAUGCGGAGGGUGAUAUCCUUUUUCCGCCGCAGCUCGAAAAAAAUGGCCUGAAAGCGGAGUCCGCUAGAUGGCCUGGCGGUGUUGUGCCUUAUAUGAUUAGUCCUUAUUUCGAUACCCAACAGCGAAAUUUGAUUUUCGACGCCAUGAAUGACUACCACAAAUAUACUUGCAUCAAGUUCAAACCCUAUACUGGCGAGGAGAACGAUUAUAUUAGAAUCACUGCUGGAAAUAGCGGCUGCUGGAGCAGCGUAGGAAGAAUCGGUGGACAGCAGGACGUAAAUCUUCAAGUUCCAGGCUGUAUGGUGAAAAAGGGUACAGUGAUACACGAAUUGAUGCAUGCAAUAGGGUUUUUGCACGAGCAGAGUAGAUUCGAGAGGGACGAAUACGUGACGAUCCAGUGGCAAAAUAUUUUGAAUGGACAUACUGGAAAUUUUGAAAAAGCCUCAAAACAGACCACUGACGCGUUCGGUGUUGGCUAUGAUUAUGGCAGCGUGAUGCAUUAUUCCGCAAACGCGUUUUCCAAGAACGGUCAACCCACCAUAAUGCCAAAAGAAACUGGCGGCCUUCUAAGUUUUAUUGGCGAAAUAUUCCAGGGUCCGAACAAAGGUCAGCUGGGACAAAGAGAAGGCUUCAGCAAAAGGGAUAUUCAAAAGAUCCGGAAGAUGUACAAAUGUGGCAAACGUAGAAGAAACAGUUACUGAUUUUUGGAAAGUCGAACGAUUACUUGAUGGAAACUUUGACGUCUUUUAGCUUCUACAGGAAAGAUGAAAGUGGAGAAUCUAGUCCUUUAUAAUUAAGCUUUACCUCGUCUUUAAACUCUGUAUUCAUGAAAGUGGUACGAAUUUAGAAACGGUCAUGGCAAAUCAAUAUCGACAAGGAGAGGAAUGUAAAUUUAGAGAAACGUGGGUGCUUGUAACAUUGGUGAAUGUAUAUAAAUAAUUGUAUUAUUAAAUAUUACUUGUAUUUAAUGGUUUAAUAUUGUAAUAAAUGCAUACCAUGAAA